CCCCGUCGGCAGACCCCGCCCCCUUUGCCGCGGCUCCGGCCCGCCAGGGGGCGCUGUGGCGCGCGGCCCCUCAGCCCCGUGAGGCGGCGCCGGGCCGGGCCUGGGGAGCUGCGAGCGGCCGCGCCGCCCGCUGCCCCCGGCGGUUCCGCGGCCGCUCCGCGUCCGGCCUCGCCUCCUCCUCCUCUCCUCCUCCUCUCCUCCUCCUCCUCUUCCUCGGCCUGGUGCGGCUCCGUGGCGCAGCAGCGGGCAGGAAAUGGCCUGUUCGUGGAUGCGGUGCUGAUUCCCGGCUGUUUUUCCGCCUUCCCCGCAGCAGCCGCCGGUGCCCGGGAUGAGCCGCCCGCGCCGGCCGCAGGGCCGGGCUCGCCGAGCGGAGCCUCGCGGGAUGGGAUCGCUCCAGCUCUGAGCCUCUCCUCCACCAUGGGCGACUCCGCGCUGGGGCAGGGCCCUGCGGAGCCGGGCGCUGCCCAGGCCGGCUCCUCGCUGGGCGUCAUCACCGAGGGCGUGGGCGAGCUGGCCCUCAUCGACGCCGAGGUGGCCCAGAGGGCGUGCCAGGAGGUGCUGGAGAAGGUGAAGCAGCUGCAUGGCUGCGCCGCCGAGGCGCUGCCCAACGGCGAGAGCUGCCCCGUCCGCUGCCUGGACGACCCGCCCGGCUCCUCGCGCAUCCAGGAGGAGGAGGAGGAAGGCUCCGGCGCGGCCAGGACGGCGCGGAAGCGCCAGAACCAAGCCAAGCAGUCGUGGCUGCUGCGCCUCUUCGAGUCCAAGCUCUUCGACAUCUCCAUGGCCAUCUCCUACCUGUACAACUCCAAGGAGCCCGGCGUGCAGGCCUACAUCGGCAACCGCCUGUUCUGCUUCCGCCACGAGGAGGUGGAUUUCUACCUGCCCCAGCUGCUCAACAUGUACAUCCACAUGGACGAGGACGUGGGCGACGCCAUCAAGCCCUACAUCGUGCACCGCUGCCGCCAGAGCGUCGACUUCUCGCUGCAGUGCGCGCUGCUGCUGGGCGCCUACUCCUCGGACAUGCACAUCUCCACGCAGCGCCACUCGCGCGGCACCAAGCUCCGCAGGCUCAUCCUCUCCGACGAGCUGAAGCCGGCGGGCAGGAGGAGGGAGCUGGGCCCCCUGCCCGGGGCCGACACCGGCCUCUCGCCCUCCAAACGGACUCACCAGAGGUCCAAGUCGGACGCCACGGUGUCCAUCAGCCUCAGCAGCAACCUGAAGCGCACGGCCAGCAACCCCAAGGUGGAGAGCGAGGAGGAGGAAUUCUCCUCGAGUACGGAAAGCCUGGAUAAAUCCCUGGCUCCCCCGGCGCGGCUGGCCCCGGAGCGGGAGUUCAUCAAGUCUCUGAUGGCCAUCGGGAAGCGCCUGGCCACGCUGCCCACCAAGGAGCAGAAGACGCAGCGCCUGAUCUCGGAGCUGUCGCUGCUCAACCACAAACUGCCCGCGCGCGCCUGGCUGCCCACGGCCGCCUUCCCGCACCACGUGGUGCGCGUGCCGCACUCGCAGGCCGUGGUGCUCAACUCCAAGGACAAGGCUCCCUACUUAAUCUACGUGGAAGUGCUGGAAUGUGACAAUUUCGACACGGCGAAUGUCCCCGCGCGCAUCCCGGAGAACCGGAUCCGCAGCACGCGCUCGGCCGAGAACCUUCCGGAAUGCGGGAUGGGCCCGGAGCAGCGGGCCGGCAGCUUCAGCACCGUCCCCAACUACGACAACGACGACGAGGCCUGGUCCGUGGACGACAUCGUGGAGCUCCAGGUGGAGCUCCCAGAGAUGCACACCAACAGCUGUGACAACAUCUCCCAGUUUUCCGUGGAUUCCAUCACCAGCCAGGAGAGCAGGGAGCCCGUCUUCAUCGCCGCCGGAGACAUCCGGCGGCGGCUGUCGGAGCAGCUGGCCCACACGCCCACGGCGUUCCGCCGCGACCCCGAGGACCCCUCGGCCGUGGCCCUCAAGGAGCCCUGGCAGGAGAAAGUCAGGAGGAUCCGGGAGGCCUCUCCCUACGGGCACCUCCCCUCCUGGCGCCUCCUCUCCGUCAUCGUCAAGUGCGGCGACGACCUCCGGCAGGAGCUGCUGGCAUUCCAGGUGCUCAAACAGCUCCAGUCCAUCUGGGAGCAGGAGCGCGUGCCGCUCUGGAUCCGGCCCUACAAGAUCCUGGUGAUCUCUGCGGACAGCGGGAUGAUCGAGCCCGUGCUCAGCGCCGUGUCCCUGCACCAGAUCAAGAAGCAGUCGCAGCUGUCGCUGCUGGAUUAUUUCCUGCAGGAGCACGGCAGCCACAACAGCGAGAGCUUCCUCAGCGCCCAGCGCAACUUCGUGCGCAGCUGCGCCGGCUACUGCCUGGUCUGCUACCUGCUGCAGGUCAAGGACAGGCACAACGGGAACAUCCUGCUGGACGCCGAAGGCCACAUCAUCCACAUCGACUUCGGCUUCAUCCUGUCCAGCUCACCGCGGAACCUCGGCUUCGAGACCUCGGCCUUCAAACUCACCGCAGAGUUCGUGGACGUGAUGGGCGGCCUGGACGGGGACAUGUUCAACUACUACAAGAUGCUGAUGCUGCAGGGGCUGAUCGCCGCCCGCAAGCACAUGGACAGGGUGGUGCAGAUCGUGGAGAUCAUGCAGCAAGGCUCCCAGCUGCCGUGCUUCCACGGCUCCUCCACCAUCCGGCACCUCAAGGAGCGUUUCCACAUGAACCUGACGGAGGAGCAGCUGCAGCUGCUGGUGGAGCAGAUGGUGGACGGCUCCAUGCGCUCCAUCACCACCAAGCUCUACGACGGCUUCCAGUACCUCACCAACGGCAUCAUGUGAAACCCGCCGGCCCCCCGGGGGGAAAAACCUGGAAAAAAAAUUCCCGGGGGGAAAAAAAAA